AUGCAGCGGGAAAUUUGCUAUUCGAGCCUGCCCUUGACCAUGUUGGUAUACUUAGCUAGUGUUGGGCUCCUUUCAUGCGUAAACACUGCACUAAUUCAAACCGCGAACGAGGUAGAACAUAUCUAUCAUAAAAAUAGACAAGUCAGGCAAGCAUGCUUUGACAGAGUAAAUCCACUUACUGGUAUAUCGGAUUGUCCCAGUAAGGCAGCGCUUUGCGCGAAUCCAAUAUAUCAGCAGAUAAUGUGGGAGCAAUGUCCUUUGACAUGUGGACGAUGUGCCGGGGUUUUGCCAAAUUCGGGUGGAGUUAUCCCAGUUGUCCCAGGUGCAACAGCAACAUGCUUCGAUCGAGUGGAUCCACGUACUGGUGUAUCGGAUUGUCCCAGCAAGGCAGCGCUUUGCGCAAACCCAGUAUAUCAAAAGAUAAUGUGGGAGCAAUGUCCACUAACGUGCAAAAGAUGUCCUGGCAUCCUAUAA